ACGUCGCGAUGCACGGCCGCUCGCGAUCCACCCGACCUUUUUGAUAGAAACAUUUCGCGAAAACAAAAGAAAGUGUGCGCAGUUGACUGGUGUACGUUUGGGGCGCACCGCUGGUGCAGUUUGAGUGCCUUUUUUGUUUGUAUUUUUCUUAAGAAUGGCAAACCGUAAGCUCCUGGUACUGCUCGCCAGUACGUUCUGCAGCCUAAUUGGCAUUCAAGCUUCUCCCGUUGGUUAUUCGAUGUCACGUGAGGGCGACCGGACGGUGGUCAUCACCCAAAUGGACGAUGACGUCGAAUUUUCGGACAACUGGAACUAUAAAGUGCACCAAACGAAUGCCCCUAUCCUAUCCGCCCUUACUAAGAACCACACUUUACCUCCCGGUGCUGUCGGUAGUACUGGUAGAUUGCUAUGGGGCAUGGACCAGGACAAGUCCUCGUUGCCCCCUUUGGUGGACAAGGCGCUAAAGCUGCUUAAUCUGAAGCAAGUCGCCUUCGAGAUCGAGAACUCCGUGAUGUCCAAGGUGUCCUGUACGGCCUGUAGGGCAGGUGCCGGCUUACUGCAGCAUUACACCAAAACCGGAAAAUCGGAGAAAGAGAUCAAAAAGACCAUCUACCAAUUCUGUGUGAACCUUAAAAUCCAAUCCCCAAGGGUCUGUGAAGGGAUCACCGAACUCUUUGCUGGCGAAGUCAUUCAUGUGCUGGGAAAAGUCAACAUAGGCCCAGACGAGAUAUGCAGCUUCAUCAUCGGCGACGCUUGCGGUGACGUGUACAACCCUUACCACGAAUGGGAAGUCAUCUUCCCCCCAGUACCUAAACCCGCCAUAGUAGAACCGAAAAUCCCCGAGGCCAAAGCCCCCACCUUCAAAGUUCUCCACCUAUCAGACACCCACUACGACCCGUACUACAUGGAGGGCGCAAACGCGGACUGUGCAGAGCCGCUGUGUUGCCGGUUGACCAACGGACAUGCACUCACGAAAGAAUCGGCAGCAGGAAAGUGGGGGGACUAUCGGAAAUGCGACACGCCCAAGAUCACCGUGGACAACAUGCUGCAACACAUCCAGGACACCCAUCCGGACAUCGAUUACAUCAUUUGGACCGGCGACCUGCCCCCGCACGACAUCUGGAACCAAACCAGGGAGGAGAACAUAAAAAUCUUGAAGGAAACCGUGCAGCAGAUGUCCACGAUGUUCCCGGGGAUCCCCAUAUUUCCUGCUUUGGGCAACCACGAGGCUGCUCCGGUUAACAGCUUUCCACCACCGUUUGUGAGCUCUCCAGACAACUCAAUCGCGUGGCUGUACGACGAACUUGAUAAGCAAUGGAGGAAAUGGUUGCCCAGCUCUGUGAGUAAUACUGUGAGGAGGGGCGCUUUCUAUUCGGUACUCGUCAGGCCGGGAUUCAGGCUGAUUUCUCUUAAUAUGAAUUAUUGUAACAAUAAAAACUGGUGGUUGCUGUUGAACAGUACAGACCCCGCCACCGAGUUGCAGUGGUUCAUUUACGAACUACAAUCGGCGGAAUUUAAUGGGGAAAAAGUGCAUGUCAUCGGGCACAUCCCCCCUGGACACUCAGAUUGCUUAAAAGUGUGGUCGAGGAACUAUUACGCCAUCAUAAGCCGGUACGAGUCCACGAUUAUCACGCAGUUCUUCGGGCAUACGCAUUAUGACGAGUUCGAGGUGUUUUACGACCACAAAGACUUGACGAGGCCCAUUAAUGUGGCUUAUGUGGGCCCCUCGGUGUCUCCUUACUACGACUUGAACCCUGGGUACCGGAUUUAUUACGUGGAUGGAGAUCAUGACAAGACCACGAGGGCAGUAGUGGAUCAUGAGACCUGGACAAUGAACCUGCGGGAGGCGAACAUCUACGGCUACCCCAUCUGGUUUCAGCUCUACAGCGCAAGACAAUCUUUCGGCAUGGACGCUCUACGACCGAGAGAUUGGGACGAUUUUGUCGAGAGGAUGAGCAACGACCCUAAACUCUUCGAUUUGUUUUAUAAGUACUACUUCAAGGCCAGCCCGGUACGUCCUUCAUGCGACAUCGACUGCAAGAAGAAAAUCUUAUGUGACCUCCACUCCGGACGGUCACAUGACCGCAAGAACCUCUGUCAGUCCAUAGAGUCUCGCGUAGACUCAUCGGCGACCACUUGGAGGGAGUGGUUCUACAACACCAUCUCUGUUUCGUAAGUGAAACUCGUGUUUUUAAGUGACUCUCGGUGAGGUUACGGUGCCUUUUGUACAUAUUUUUCAUUGCCUAUAGGUGGGGGCCGAAUAGUGACUUUUAAAAUUUUAUAAAACAAAAAUUAAAUGAAUUCGUAGCGUGUCGGUGAUCAUGUCCAUCCCGAGGCUGACGAUGCAAGUGCCAAAGUACGUCCUGGGUCUAGGUUAACUGGAACGACGUGGGCAUGCGAGAAACAGAAGACUUAUCUUGAGGUUAAAAACGUUUUUUUUUUGUUAUGAAAGAUCGGCUGUGCUUGUAUGGCAAUUUACAAAAUCAAAAGUUAGGUUAAGCGCUCACUCAUUUGUAUAUAAACUUUUUAUAUUUAUGUAUUUAUUUUAUAGUAA